AUGCUUUUACGAGCAGUAAACGAGGAAAGGCGUGAACACCACAAGUGUCCCAUCAUUUUCAUCGGCCAUAGCUUUGGCGGCAUUAUUAUUAAAGAGGCAAUAUGUUUGGCGGAAACAGAUAAACAGUAUCGGGACAUACUGGAUGAUACAAUCGGUAUCAUCUUUCUUGGAACGCCCCAUCAAGGGUCCAAUGUUUCGCAGUUUGGAGCCUUCAUAGCACGCUUGACAUGGGUAUUUGGAUCCAGCACAAUACUACUGAAAGGUCUCUACAGGGAUAACCCUCCUCUAUCCGACUUACAAGAACGAUUCAUGAGCGUUAUUCGGAGGAGAAAAGACAUUAAGCUCGUCACGAUGUAUGAGAAGCACCAUACGUACUUUGCUCAACUUAUUUACCUAGGCUUUAUUGUCGAGAGGAAUGCUGCAGUGCUUGAUGUGGCCGAAAACAUUGCAGUUGAGAAAGACCAUAUGGGUCUGAACAAAUGUGCCUCACCAAAUGAUCCGGCAUAUGACGCAAUUUGUCAAGGCAUCAAUAGAAUACGGGAUCAUGCAGAGAGCAGAGGCUGGAAGAAAAAAUACCUAAAAUGGUCCGAGAGGUCAAGGCUCUAGCUUACAAGUUAUGAAGGUCCACAAAUGCCAUGGUACUGCUGCAAGAAUAGACCUCGGCAUGGUCCGACUCAGGUUCUAUAGAUCGGAACUCACAACUCGAAUCCGAGUCAGAUCGUGAUUCAGUCAUGUUCGAGUCAUGCUUUAACCUGACGGUAUCUGGGUUGCGUCAUUGUACCAUGAUGUUGUGUAUUUCGGUGGUACGGCACCCACCUCAAUCAAUAAGAUGGCGGCUGCGCGAGACAAUAUCCUCAGACAGGGACCUUACAGGAAAAGGGCCUGCCUCUGAUCAUAUACUCAAUAAACGUCAAAUCGAACUUGA